AUGAAAGUCUUUCUCGGUUUGCUCUCGCUGUCAUUGGCCGCGACUGUGGUGGCACAAGUUCAGCCCUCCGGCGUGACCAGGCCCAUCGUGGAAGACUGUGGUUCAAAUGGAGCCAUCGUCUGUGUGAACAAAUAUGCCGCCGUCCUCCCGUAUCACUUCAACAGGUCCAUCUCGAACAAUGAUGUGCACUACGACUUCCGGGACACCACCGUGGGAAAUGCAUCCUCUUUUGACCUCCUUGCGGACGCAGACUUUGUUGUCUUUGACCGAGAACGAGGCAUGGAAUACUUGGGCUCCAAUCCAAGCUACGAGUUUAUGUUCGCGGUCUCGGAAGCCGUCCACGAAGCUCCAGUCUAUGCUCCGAAACAGAACCUUUUGUUUAUGUCUCAAUUGGCUCCUCCCACCGGCUUCGUCCCACAGCUCGUGGUCAAUUUGAAUAAUGAUCCCCCGACCCUGAGUGAAUAUGUGCCUGAUCCUCCAAUUUACGCUCCCAACGGCGGCACCUUCCGUAACGGUCUCAUUGUGUUUGGAGCUAGUGGCGGUAACGAUAGCAUUGGCGGAGGCGAGCAAAGAGUCUCGAUCCGCACCGUUGACCCGGCCACAAACCGAUCAACUGUGCUGUUGAACAACUAUUACGGCUUCUACUUCAACAACAUUGAUGACCUAGCCGUUCACCCAGUAUCCAAAGACAUCUUUUUCACAGACCCAAACUAUAGCUGGUUCAACGCCUUGACGGACACCGCCCCACAGUUACCUGUGGCCAGCUAUCGUUUCAAUCCGGAAACGGGAGCCACGUUCCUGAUCGACGACACCUUGGAGCAGCCUAAUGGUAUCGCCUUCACCCCGGAUGGCAAGACCCUCUACAUCUCCGAUACGGGCGCCGUGUAUGGCACCAUUGACCCUCGCCUCGGUAGCCAAGGUACGCAAUUUAAUACCACCGGGAAGCGCGCGAUUUACGCCUGGGACGUCGAGAACAAUGGCACCAGGAUCUCCAACAAACGACCAUUUUAUCUCGCACAAGACUGGGUCCCUGAUGGCGUGAAAGUUUCUCAGGAGGGCCUUGUGCUUACUGCUUCAGGAUAUGGCGUAGAUGUGAUCGAUGAUCUAGGUCAGCUUCUUAUCCGGAUCCAGACAAAUUACACGGUGCAGAAUUUCGCAUGGACUGGUGCGAACCUUAAGACUUUGUGGCUCAUGGGAAAUUAUGGCAUUAGCAAGGUUGAAUGGAACAUUACUGGGCAAGCCCUGACUUGA